UGUUGAGCUGAGGAGCUGAUAAAGAUACUCAGUGUACUAGAGGACAGAGCUGCCACACAGUUCCAGGUGUCCUGUGCUGCUGUGUGUAAGCAAACAUGGCCAGCUGUAAAUCCCAAAGUGGCUGUGUCAAAAGGAAUGCCUGCUUGAUCCAGCUGCCUUUUCAUGGGGCAGCUUGUCUUCAUGAGGGGAGAAGUUGCUGAAGAUGUUGGUCUUUCUCUAAAUUACUCCUGUCCUGUGAUAUAAAGUAAUAGGAAGUCCUGCCUACAGCAUUCCAGCCAUUAUCCUGUUGCAUUUUCAUUAUCCAUUCUUCACCUAUACUACAGAGCACUAUGCUGACCAUGAUACUUUAAGAGCUUAAAAUCCACUAAUAGUAAUUAGGACCUAUCCUGAAGCAGUAUUACAUGCUAGCAGCAACCGAUAGAGUCCAGCUAAAGAAGCAAGAUAUGAUGACAAGAAUUGGAAGAAGAUUUUUUAAAUAAGAAAAAGCAUGCUUGUAAAACUGAAUAGGGAAGCAGUCAUACAAGUGUGUGGAUCACAAGGCCUCUCAGCACUUAUGCCUUCAGGCUGAAACUUGAAAACAGACUUUCUCAGCAGUGCAUGGUCACAUCAGUCCACAUUGCAGUACAACUUAUUUCAUGCUGUUCACCAUGCCAACACUACCUGAAGAUAAGGCACAACCAAAAGAGGCACAACAUGCCAGUUCUACUGCAGCCAAAGACCCUACUGUGGAAAUAACAACAUGCAGUAGACCUUCUAUUGUUCUUCCAGAGAAUGCUGUUACGACAGCUGUUGAAACUGAUAAAAAUCUGGUUAACAGGCCUUGUAGUCCUCAUCGGCGACACUCUAACCGUACAGCUAGGAAUCCAGUUAGUUCAUUGACUUCUGUCGACAACACUGGUCAUGUGAUUGAUCUGGUAAAUGAUCAGCUGCCAGAUGUCAAAAUAUCUGAGGAAGACAAAAAGAAGAAUCUUGAAUUACUAGAAGAAGCAAAGAAAGUGAGUGAGAGGUUUCUAAUGCGCAGAGGCAGAAAGUCAAGAAGUGGCCUUCCUGAGUCACCCACAGCAGUUUCCCCUACGCUUAGUCCUAAAGUUUCACCAGUAGCAUCUCGGAGAAACUCUUUCACUCUUCCAGUUCCAUCAGGGUCUGAUACAUGUACAACCACUAGUGUUGAGUCAGUGUCUCCAGAGCAGAAUAACAGAAUUGUGAAUGAAGAUGACAGGCAAGCUACAGAGAGUGCUGCAAAAGGAUUAAUUGAUCGAAAGCUGAAUGAUCAAAGAAAGAUUUCUCAGGGAAGGUUGGUUCCUCGUUCUGCUGCUUUUGAAAACUCCAAAGAAAAACUCUCCGAGCAAAAAGAAAACUUUGAUCCACGUCAACAUAUGGAUAAUUUACCUAAAUCCUCUACUGCAGGUAGUGAUGGUGGCAGAAUGUCUCUCAACACUUGCAUGACUGUGUGUGAAAGUGAACUUGGAAAACCAUUCCUCAAGAAAGCAAAAGAAAAUGAUGUUCCUUUAAGAACCCACCAACUGGGAUCAGGAAUAGGAAAUAUAGACCAAAAGCUAAAAAUUCCAAUUCCAGAAACUAGAGACCAUAAAAUUAUGUGUAAACCAGAAUUUAAAGUGUGUGGACCCCGUCCUCCUCUGCUACGAGCUAUGUCAUGGGAUAGCUUGGAGCCUGGACAGAAAGAUAAAACACCUUCUAAAUUACCGUCUGAGGAAGAUAAAAGCUUUGCCGUUGCCAAUAAAUCAGGCAAUCAGUUAAAAGCAUCAGCAUUCAAAGACCUCCAAAUCCAAGUUCAGCCAGUGCGAAUGCAGAAAUUGACAAAGCUGAGAGAGGAGCAUAUUUUGAUGAGAAAUCAAAACUUAGUUGGACUAAAGCUUCCUGAACUUAGUGAAGCAGCUGAACAGGAAAAAGGCCCUUCACCUCUUCCUUCCCCCACUGAAGAGAAAGAGACAAAGAAUAGCUCAGAUGUCAUGCCCAGCAUUUCUGAUGUAUUGCUGCGAAAACUGCGAGUGCACAAAUCUCUUCCAGGAAGCUCCCCUCCACUUACGGAAAAAGAAGUUGAGAAUGUGUUUGUACAGCUUUCCUUGGCUUUUAGAAAUGAUAGUUAUACCUUGGAAGCUAGAAUUAACCAAGCAGAGAGAGAGAGAAAUCUUACUGAAGAAAAUGCUGAGAAGGAACUGGAAAACUUUAAAGCAGCCAUUACGUCUUCAGCUGCCUUAUGGCAUCACUAUGAACAUAGAGAAGCUUACCAGAAACUCCUGGAGGAUAUUGCUGUGCUGCAUCGUUUGGCUGCUAGACUAUCUAGCCGUGCUGAAAUGGUUGGAGCCGUUCGCCAGGAGAAGCGUAUGUCAAAGGCAACAGAAGUAAUGAUGCAGUAUGUGGAAAAUCUGAAAAGAACAUAUGAAAAGGAUCAUGCUGAGCUAAUGGAGUUUAAGAAACUUGCCAAUCAGAAUUCUAGCAGAAGCUAUGGUGCCUCCGAAGAUGGAGUACCUCGUUCAUCUAGAUCCAUGUCCCUUACUGUUGGAAAGAAUAUGCCUCGGAGGAGAGUCAGUGUUGCUGUUGUUCCUAAAUUUAACUCCUUAAACAUUCCUGGUCAGUCACCAACAGCUUCACCUAUACCUUCAAUGUCAGCCCUGCCAGAAUCACCUAAUAAUGGAAGGAGCAAUCUAACAUCUACUCCUAUUCUGCCAGCACUUCUAGAGAAUGGAAAGUCUAAUGGAGAGCCUGACUGUGAAAACUCUACUUCUGUGUUGACCCACACUGGAUUGGAAGAGAUCAAUCCUGAAACAAAAGCCAAGAUAGAGGAGGAAGCAUAUAACAAAGGCUAUCAGGAAGGCUUGAAGAAAACUAAAGAACUUCAGGAACUGAAGGAAGAAGAUGAAGAGACACUAAAAGAAAGUCAUGAUGAGCAUGAAGAAAGUGAAAAUGAAGAUGAGAUAAAAAACCUGGAAAGCAGCAGACUUGAAGUCAUCAUUAAUUAUUUACAUAUACUGUACCCCAAACUGUGUAAACACUGGAAUGUGGUAUGGCUUGUAGUGGCUGCAGUAAUCAUUUUUGCUGUGGUGUUAUGGAUCUACAAUUCGUACAACUCCUGUGAUGAAAUAUCAGAGGGACCUGAAGGGAAGGCCAGCUGUUCUGCUGCCCAUCAGUAUUCCUGGUGGAACUCAGGAUUUCAGCAUGAGCAACGCACUGAAUAAUAAAGGAACAAACACAUAUUUAUGGUACCUAAGCAAGCUCACAUGCUAGAACAUAGUUGUUAAAGGUAGUGCUUAGUCAUCUUUCUGGUUGUUAAAUGUGAUCUGUUAAGACACGUGAGUUACUCUACACCAUCAGGUUUGGAGAUACAUUGUGAACACAGCUUGCCAAAAUGACUAUCUGAUAAAUAGUUCUGUCUGUCUGUCCUGCUAAUUGUAAGUGAUUGAGAGGAAUAAAGUAAUAUUGAGUCAUGAUAAGGUUGUGGCAGUAAUCAGCAACCACCAACACAUUUAAAAGGAAUAUUGAAGUCUGUCUUACGAUUUUGAAGAAAAUCAAAAACUACAUUUUCAGAAUUAAUUGCUUUACCUUUGUAUUUCCAGAAUUUAUUGAUUAUUGUUGAAGUAUUAACAGCAUUUAAGUCCUUUGGGUUUUAAAAGUCUAAUUUUCUUAUUCAAAAUUAUUGGGUAGAAAUGGAAGACCUUUUGUGGAAAGUAAAAGUAUAUUAUCAGACCAAAUGCAUUGCUGAUACAGUAAUUUUAUAAGAGAAAUUAUCUGUACAAUUAUUUAAAUUAACACAGGUAUGUUUUAUGAUAUACUUUAAGAAUGGGACCACCUCUUUAUUUGAAUGGGCUGUGCAGCAAAAGCUAAAAUGAGGUAUAGGUGGCACAGCUGAUACUGUCCAGUGCAGCUGAGAACUUCUGAUAUAUCAAAGGGAUACACUUUGUAACAAAUUUUGCUACUUCUGUGAAUAGCAAUGCAGUGUAUGUCACUCAGAGUCACUAGUGAUUUCAAGAAAAAGUAAUUACUGUCUGGAAAUUAGAUGGGCAGUCUUGAACAUGGGAAGGUUGGCAAGCUACCACUUUGAAUGGACUCUGUCCUAUGCUAAUACUGGAUAUAGGCUUCCUUUGAGAUCUGCAGCAGGAACAUAGUACUGUGUACAGCCAAAACCUGCAGGUGCCUACCUGAAUGAGAACAACAAAGCAAUGAGGACUUUAAAGGGGUCACUGCAUGUUCUUAGUAGUAGUUCAUUUUCAGAAUCUGAUGCAGAGUUUGUUGGUAUUCUGAUAUGCCUUCAAAACUAAAGUAGCAGAUCAUGCCAGAUUAGUCUUUUGGACAAAUUUUUCAAUUAUUCUGCCUAUUUGGGAAUUGAGACUUCUUACAGAAGAAUGUGAAAACUUGAAAGCUUUAGACAUAAGUAAUUUUAAAAGAGUGAAGCCAUUAUCUGAAAAUUCAUGCCUAAAACAGAGAUGAAAAUGCAUGUCACUUAAGGUUUAUCAUAUGUACCUGCUGAAUCUCACUUCUGAUUGAAGAUAAAUUGCAUUUGUGUUUCCAUUGCUAUACACUUGAAUCUAGCCACUGUAUGAAAAUCAGUGUGACACUUGGUUGUACUCUUGGAUCUUGCAUUCUUUUGGCAUUUUCAGUUUACCAAUUGAAGGAUAAGGGUGUUAUGAAGUACUGUAAUUACAGUUCAGGUACAGUUAAUAUUCACUUGUUUACUUUUGAUGUAAACAUAGAACUUCAAGCUAACUAGGAAAGAAAACAGUUUUCUAACUCAGACAGAAAUUUAGUUCAUAUGUCUGGCACUAGUAACAAAUAUCCUGCUGGUGAAUUUUGUUGCUUCUUUAGCCACAUGUGUCUUAAAAGAUUUUUAUAUGGAGAAAGGAAAAAAUAGGAGACAACUACCACUGUUUCAAAAAAAUGUUAUAAGCAGUUGGGGGGAUUGUUUUUUAUCUAAAAUACAUUUUUUGAGGAAUAAAGUGUUUAAGGAAGUUCAAAAAGGAUGAUGGGAAAGUGUCAUUUGGUCUAAAAUUGUAAUUGGUAAAGAAUAAGACAGAAGAGGGUUUCUUGCAAAUUACCUGGUAUCUGUUUGGUUCAGUUAGAAUAGUCAAAUAUAAAGAACUACUAUGACAUGUCACAUACUUAAAUAUUUUUAAAAAUGUCUUAAUGGCUCUUUGAACAAUUUUUUAUUAGAACCAGCUUCUUUGACUUACAAAUCUUCCGGUGUAUUGUUGAUAACCUAAUAAGGCAAUAAAAAUUAAAGAUGAAGAUUCCUGAACAUUCAGAAUCCUCAAAGCCAAAAAUUAUAGCACAUGGAAAUGUUGGGCUGCCUUGAGAAAAACAGAGUUAAAAAUGCCUGCAGUCAAAUUAAUUUGUUCUUAUUCACAUCUACAUUGAUCUGAGUCCAACACCUUAUUUUAAGCAUGUGAAGAAUCUUAUUACUAUCAAUGGGACUGUUCGGCUGCUUGAAUUUAAGCAUGCCAUACAUUAUAGUGAAGUCAGUAUCUGGACAGGUUCUCCAUCCUCUUCUUGCAGCUGAGCACACUGGCUUUUUGUAGACUUAGUGCAGAAGGAAGAAUUUCUUUAAGCAGUUGUACCAUUUUGAACAGAACUACUUGCAUAUCUAAAGUAUGUUAGCCACAAAGUUAUAACUGGUAUGGGCAAUAGACUGAAAAAGGCAAAGGAUUUUAAUGGGGAUUAAAAGAUGAAGAUAAAAUGGUUUAUAAAAAUAUAUAUAUUGUUGUUCUUUUUAUACCUACUGUAAGCAAAAUGUCCACUAAAAAUAAUGGACCACAGUGAUUAACAGCACAUUAAAUACUUUUGCUUACAUUUUUCAGUUAAUUAAUGGAAACACCUGAGGUUUUUUUCCUGAAAGAAAAUUAAGUUGAGCUGAAAAACCAUUCAAAAUGUAGUUUUAGCUGCUGGAUAUUAGUUUGCUUUAUCUGUGGGGAAAAAAAAAAAAAAAAAAAAAAAAAACUCUUCUGUGUUCAAAGAUCACACCAGAUAACAAGAAAUAGUUUUUAUUAUUUAUGCUAUUAACACUGAAAUAGUUUUCUUGAGGUGCAAUAUUUAUUUUUCUGCUUUAACAUGACAUGUUUAUUGUUUCUCCUUGCACAGCACGGACAUUUUUAGUAAAAGGAAUUUUAAAAGGGCACUAUUUUUAUGUAUCUUAUUUAAAUUUGUAACAUUGUAAGAUUUUGCACAAGUGUGCUGGUAUUGUACUGUAUAGUAUCACAUACUUGAGUUUUGAAAUAAAAGUAUGGUUUCAAAGUCUUCAUUGUUGCUACCUCAAAGGGUUAUUUUUAUUACAU